AUGAUUGGAAGGGGGUAGCUGGGGAAUUCAUGUAAUUAAAUUGGCAAACGACAUUAUCUCAAACUUACCAGUUCGGUUUUAGAAAUUGGCUCCAACGUCUACCUUGCCCCAGUCGCCCACCAACCAUACCCAUCCCCUUGUUGUUGUACGUUUGAUCUUGAAUUGAACAAAUGGCUCGAAAGAAGAUUAGAGAGUACGACUCCAAAAGACUUCUCAAGGAGCACUUGAAGCGCCUUGGUGGCAUCGAUCUCCAGAUCUGCUCUGCUCAGGUGACACAGUCAACUGACUUUACAGAGCUGACAAAUCAGGAACCAUGGCUUUCUUCUUCAAGAUUAGUGGUGAAGCCAGAUAUGCUAUUUGGGAAACGUGGGAAGAGUGGUUUGGUAGCUUUGAAUUUAGAUCUAGCUCAAGUUGCUGAAUUUGUAAAAGGAAGGCUUGGCGUUGAGGUUGAAAUGAGUGGCUGUAAGGCACCAAUAACUACGUUCAUUGUUGAACCAUUUGUUCCACAUAAUCAAGAAUUUUACCUCUCAAUAGUUUCUGAAAGACUUGGAUCCACCAUUAGCUUUUCAGAAUGUGGAGGUAUUGAAAUUGAAGAAAACUGGGAUAAGGUUAAGACUAUAUUUCUUCCUACUGAAAAACUUAUGACCUUCGAGGCAUGUGCUCCAUUGAUUGCUACACUUCCUUUGGAGAUUCGAGGUAAAAUUGGUGACUUCAUUAUGGGCGUCUUUGCUGUCUUCCAAGAUCUGGACUUCAGUUUUCUAGAGAUGAACCCAUUUACCCUUGUGAAUGGAGAGCCAUAUCCACUGGAUAUGAGAGGAGAGCUGGAUGACACUGCUGCCUUCAAGAACUUCCAGAAGUGGGGUAAUAUAGAGUUUCCUCUUCCUUUUGGAAGAGUCCUGAGCCCUACUGAAAGCUUCAUUCACACACUGGAUGAGAAGACAAGUGCAUCUUUGAAAUUCACUGUUCUGAACCCAAAAGGACGUAUCUGGACAAUGGUAGCUGGAGGUGGUGCCAGUGUUAUAUAUGCUGAUACUGUUGGAGAUUUGGGUUAUGCAUCAGAGCUUGGCAACUAUGCGGAGUAUAGUGGAGCUCCUAAUGAGGAGGAAGUCUUGCAAUAUGCAAGAGUUGUGAUUGAUUGUGCCACCGCUGAUCCUGAUGGUCGUAAGAGAGCUCUUCUUAUUGGAGGUGGCAUUGCUAACUUCACAGAUGUUGCAGCUACUUUCAAUGGUAUUAUACGAGCCCUCAGAGAAAAGGAAUCCAAGUUAAAAGCAGCAAGAAUGCAUAUCUAUGUUCGAAGAGGAGGUCCCAACUAUCAAACUGGUUUGGCAAAGAUGCGCAGUCUGGGAGAAGAGCUGGGAGUACCUCUUGAGGUUUAUGGGCCUGAAGCCACAAUGACAGGCAUUUGCAAACAGGCAAUUGAUUGCAUCAUGUCUACAGCAUAGUUUCACAACCGAUUAUGUCCAUUAUCAUGCGUAUUGGGAAAUAACAUGGGGCAAUGUGUUUGAGAAGACAAUUUUUGUGCCGAGACAAUAAUUUUGUUUAGAAGGCAUCAACUAUAUCUUUAUUUGUUUCUUAAUUUAAAAGCUGGAUCAAAUUGUUAUAGACAUUGUUAUUAAUUUCCCUUUGUUAAUGAAACAAAUGUUGUGCAUUGGCAAUUUGUGACUUUGUGAA